AUGGGUAAAGUCCACGGCUCGCUCGCUCGUGCGGGUAAAGUCAAGUCUCAGACUCCAAAGGUUGAGCCACAAGAGAAGAAGAAGACCCCAAAGGGUCGUGCUAAGAAGCGCCUCCAAUACACCCGACGAUUCGUCAACGUCACAAUGACUGGUGGAAAGAGAAAGGUGCGUUUUAUACAUCUCAAAAUGAUGGAUUUCUCUCGAGCACAACAGUAA